ACUGCGGUAGCGACGCAGUUGAGACGCGCGUUGUGAGAGGCGCCGCGCCGGUGGAAAAGCGGCUGACUCGUCGUCGCGGCUCCUUCGGUCGGUGAAAGGACAGGCGGCCUAACCUUUCGCCGGCGGGGAGAGUCACGGUGAUCCAUAGAUCUUGGAGCGGCCGCGCCGACAGAUCGAAAUUGAGAUCGAGGUGGAGUCGCGUGCCUCGCGAUCGACGGUCGAGGGCUCGCCGAGGUGGCGAUUGCUCCUUUCGCACUGCCACGUGCCGGACUAUCCCGAGAUGGAGAAGCUCUCCAUCCAGCGCCUAAGAGGAAGGGCCGCGCCGACCGGAUGGCGUUAUUACUGGGAUCGAUCUACGACGGUUACCGGGACCUGAUGGACAACAAAAGCGACCCAAGAGUUAACGACUGGAUUCUGAUGAGCAGCCCGUUCCCCACGUUAGCGAUCUGCCUGUUCUACGCGUAUUUCGUUAAGGUCCUGGGACCGAAGCUGAUGGAGAAUCGGAAGCCCUUCGACCUCAGAAAAGUGAUGAUAUGGUAUAAUUUGUUUCAAGUGGUUUUCUCUACGUGGUUGUUCCGUGAGAGUUUGCUUGCCGGCUGGGGAGGACAUUACUCCUUCAAGUGCGAACCGGUCGAUUAUUCAGAUAACCCACUCGCGUUGCGCAUGACGCACGGUUGUUGGUGGUAUUACUUCUCCAAAUUCCUCGAGUUUACGGACACAAUUUUCUUCGUGUUGAGGAAGAAGAACAAUCAGAUUUCCACUCUCCACGUAAUCCAUCACGGGAUUAUGCCGAUGUCUGUCUGGUUCGGAGUCAAAUUUACACCCGGCGGCCACAGCACCUUCUUCGGUUUCCUGAACACCUUUGUACAUAUCGUAAUGUAUUCGUACUAUCUACUAGCGGCGCUGGGACCACAAAUACAACCGUUCCUCUGGUGGAAAAAAUACCUGACGACCUUGCAGAUGAUUCAGUUCGUUUUAGUGAUGAUUCACGCAUUCCAGUUACUGUUUAUCGACUGCAAUUAUCCGAAGGCCUUUGUCUGGUUUAUCGGCAUGCACGCCAUAAUGUUCUACUUCCUGUUUCGCAACUUCUACAUAGAAUCGUACAAAAAGAAGAAAUCCACUAGCGCCUUGAAGAAGCAAACACUGAAGAAUACUGAGGAUAAUAAGCAGCAUCAGCAGCAGCAGCAGCAGCAGCAGCAACAGCAACAACAAGCGCAAGGCGUACGGGACGACUCUCAAGAGAGCACCGAGGCCAGCGAGAACAACAUUAUUUAUGCGAAUCAGUACAAAAUGGCCACCGGCUACAUCUCGGAUAGCGGCCUGCGAAACCGCGUGUUUAUCGAUAACCGAGGCUUCGACGAAUGACGAGCCGGCGUUCAAAGGGCCUUCAUUCGUGUCAUUCAUCGAUCAUCCAUUCGGUAGAGGAUUAUCGUUUUGUUACGUUGUAGCGUUCAGAACACGAUUGAGCGAGAAUGCGAAAUCAAGCGGUAAGCAUAUCCGGAAGAUAUCCAAAGAAACGCGGGAGAAAGGAGGAGGGGGGACGCAUUAGAGCCAUUCUCCGUGCGGAAUUUUGAAAAGUCUGAGUCACACGCACACGCAUGGUGUCGGUGUUGCGACAUGGUAUCUCUCGCGGAGAAUUCUGUCGCGCUUCCCGCGAGCAAGUUUGCCAAACUGGAGCGCUGCGUGUGCACAUAUGCGCGUCUCAGCUUAUCUGAGGAUGGAAACCGAACGGAUAGACAAGUGUCAACGGCUCGAUCAAAAUCGUCGUAACAAGGUUGCCGAAGUGACGAGAGGUUAUGUUCUUCUCUCUCCGUUAGGACGCAGGAUCGAGAAGCAGGAUAUCGCUGUCUUAUCUUCUUUCUCGCAAAGAACGUUCGAAAUUUGAUCGCCGGUUUAGCACGACCGAGCUUAACACUCGCUCGUUCCGUUUCGUAUCCGUUGAUACUCGUACUGUACGUCGAGUAAAUUUCCAGUGCAUGCAAUCAAUAUCUGUGAUAGCUACUUCUGACCGCGACUUAACAAAGGAAGAUGGAGAUAAUAAUUAACAAAGUGUCUUCUGAUUAAAAGCUUCGGUAAAUCAUGUUAUUGUCCAUUUCAUCUUUGAAUAACAAAAAACAAUGUGAAUGCUGUCUUUCCCUUUCGGCAUUCUUGACAAUCAAUCGCGAUUUAUACUGUAUGCUUCCCGAAAUAUUAACUACACCAUGUGUACAUAUGCAUCUGUGUUUGUGUUUGGGUACAAAUAUUGGGUAAGAUUAACGUCUCAGAGCACAUACGUCACACGAUUUCUCAAAUUGUCAUGAAAAUAUUCGAGUGACCUUUUUGAAACUUUAUAUCGUGAGACAUAUUGUGAUUAAAAUCGUUGGUAUAGUACUUCGACAUGCCUUCUGAAAUAAUACAAUGUUUCAAAAACUUGCCCCACGUUUGAAGAGACAAUCGAAUAAACUUAUUUAUCGAGUAAAUAUUUACAUUAAUUGACCCAUCUCCUGACUUUCAUUUUGAAUAUAUGUUGUCAUAUCGCUGAGCGAUAUGUAAAAAGUUUCAGCCGUCGCUCAUUAAAAGACUGUCAACAAAGAAAAUUUCGCAAAUAAAACAUAAAAUUUUUAUAUCAUAUAGAUUCCUCGAGUCUACGAACACUAUAUAUAUAUAUAUAUAUAUAUAUAUAUGUAUAAUAUGUAUACAUAUGUGCAAGUGAGGAGCGGGAGGAACUAACCUAUAUCGCAACAGUUUUUAGUAAUUUGUCAGUACUGAAGGAUACGAUUUGUUGUGCAUGCAAAAAGGAUGUAUACAUGUAUGUAAAAAUAAUGUUCGAAUGUAUUUUCAAGAAAUGUGGAUAUAUUAGGUCAAUCGGAAAGUUCCGUCCGUCUUUUUGCAAAACGUAUGGCUUUAUUUAAGAAACAAAGUGAAAAAGUACAUCAAUCAAAGUAUUGUCCAUCGUUAGCGAUGACUUUUUUCCAUCUUUCGGUCAGCAAGCGAAUUCCGCGGCGAAAGAAUGACUCAUCU